AUGAUGAGCUCCAAAGAGGAGGAAACUCUGCGUUUUUUCCAGUAUGUUGAAGAGAGCGGGCUGAGAGCCUACAACGGCCUGGUGGCCCAGAACCUAGACCACUCCAGGAAUGAGAGAAACAGGGCCUACCUGCAGGAGAAAAACGACAAGAAGAGAAAACAGGAGGAAUCCAUAAGGAGGACGGGCGAGGACCUAUCGACCGAGGGGAAGCAUUUACGUAUGGGCUCCAUGACUAUGCCGGCCCCACAGGAGCGCCUGCCCAUGUCCAACCCGCAUGCCCUUGCCUGCGGGCCGGGCUUCUCUGUGCGCUCCCAGUCCCUCCACUCUGUAGGCGGGGGGAACAGCGGAGGCGGAGGAGGGGAGGAGGAGGUGGGGAGUCCGACCUCCAGGAAGCAGCCCCCACCCAAGCCCAGGAGGGACCCGGCCACCAAGCUGAGCAUGUCGUCAGAGGCGGUGGACCACAGUCCCACGUCCACCUGCCGUGGGGAGAGAUGUGACGCAGCUCAAGGAUGCAGCGAGGACUGCAGGAGAGUGCCGCCACCCAAACCCAAGAGGAACCCCAACACUCAGCUGAGUGUUUCCUUCGACGAGUCCUACAUCAAGAGCCACGGAGGUGGCAGGAGUUGCUCUUCCAAGCCCCUCCACCACAUCUCCUCACCCCGUGAGCGCAACCCCUCACCGCCGCAAAGCGACGAGAGUCCCACGGACGACUGUGAGGACGAACCCGUCUACAUCGAGAUGGGUGGGAUCGACGUUGCGGGUCGGGAGCUGGUGAAAAGCGAGGAUGAGGAGCCGGGAGAGGCUGUGUACGAGGAGAUGAAGUACCCGGCCCUAGACGACAUGGAGUAUCGGACCGACCCGGUGGGGUGUCGCUCCGCGUGCCCCACCCCAGCCCCCUACGACCCUGAGCCUCUCAGCCGCUGCUCCACACCUCGAAACAUUCCACUCUGCGACAUCCCCGCACCCUUCCCCAACCUGCUCACCCACCGACCACCACUGCUGGUGUUCCCACCUGCCCCGGCCCAGUGCUCGCCCAACUCGGACGAAUCUCCUCUCACCCCUCUAGAUGUGGCCAAACUGCCCAUGCUCGAGAACCAGUCUUACAGCAAAUCCCCCACCUCCUCCACCGAGCCGCCCUCCUCUGCCCAUAUCCGGAGGGAGCUCACUGCUACCCCGACGCUCACAGUAUCAGGGCGCUCCUCUGCUCCCCCUCUACCCUGUACCCUCUACAAGUCCUCAUCUUCAUCCUCCUAUCAGCGCAGCCAUUCCGCGUGCCCGUCGCCCGUCAGCAUGGGCCGCUGCCUGACCCCGCUGAGCCUCAUGCGUACGCCGCCCUUCGACGCACCCAUGCCGUUCCCCGGGGGGCUCCCGCGAAGCGCCUCGGCCACCCCUCACGGCAAAGGCUCGCCACCCCAAGACGGUGUGGGACGGCUCCAUGGCUCCAUGCAGAACGUGUCGACAGGGCGGUCACGGACGCCCACCAGCCCGCUAGACGAGCUGACCAACUUGUUCACCACAGGAAGAAAUAUGUUGAAGAAGAACACCAGCGGCAGGAAGUCGAAGGAGCCUGGAGAGAGUGAGUCUGAGUCCAAGAGCAAGUCUCAUGGUGAGUCCAAGCGCGAGGGCAAGGAGCGCCACAGCCACAGCAAGGAGUCCAAGCGGGAGUCCAAGGAGCGGCACAGCAAGGAGUCUUCUCAUCGGAGGGAGGGCAAAGACAGGGGAGGUAGCAGUGGCGUAGAACCGGCCCCCCACAGACGCAACAGUAAAGACCAUGGGUUUUGCAAUGUGGAGCCCCUGCCUGCUCACAGGGAUAGCAGGGACCGUGGCUCCAGCAGCGUAGAGCCCAUCCCUGUGAGACGGGACUCCAAAGACAGGGGCUGCAGCACUGCAGAACCCAUCCCCUUGAUAAGAAGGGACUCCAAGGACAGAGGGAGCAGCAGCUGUGAUCUGAUGCCAAGGAGAGACAGCAAGGACAGGAGCAUGGGACAUGGAAUGGAGUCUUUACUGAGACAGGACAGCAAGGAAAGGGAGAGGAAUGGCCUGGAGUCCAAACAUGAAGGCAGAGAAAAGCCACCUGAGCUUCUGCCCCGACAGGAUAGCAAGGACAGAGCGAGAGCUGGAGCAGAAUAUAGACAUGAUAGCAAAGACCACCCUCCUGAACUGAUACCCCGCCAGGACAGCAAAGAGAGGUCCAGGAAUGGCAAUCUGGAUUGCCAUCGAAACAGCAAAGACAGGGUCGGGUACACCUCCGAAUCUAGGCACGAAGGUAGAGAUCGGAGCUGUUACAACGGGGGAGAAAUUCCUCCUCCUCCUCUACCAAGGCAAGACAGUAAAGAGCUGAACAGAACUGGCCUUGAAGCCAGAAGGGACAGCAAGGACAGAAGUCUAAAUGGCACAGAGCAGCACCGUUAUGAUGUUAAGGAUACAAAGAUUGACAAUGGGCAGGAGUACAAGCGUGACGGUAAGGAGAGGGGUUACAGAUCAGAGGGCACACCCAGAAGAGAUUGCAGAGAUCGAUCAAGCUACGGUGUGGACCAACCAAAAGCACAGGAGAGGAAUGGCAGCGCAGUAUCAGGGCCGCAUUCAUCCACUGCCACGCCCACUCACCAUAGGAGACCCAAUGGCAGCCCGCCAAUGGUGUUAGGAACAGGAAAUGAACUGAAAGCAGCACCCAAAUACAGUCGUACACCCUCCAUGCCUCCGACCCCCUCCCCGAUGGGGACCCCACAAAGGAAAGCAGCGGAGGCACACCAAAGUCAGAUGCCCCAGAUGCCGUGGAUGUGCGGAGAUAGCACCAUGUUGGAACAAAUCGAGCGAAAACGAAACCUCUGCGUCGAGAUCCGGUCCAGACAACAUCCGCACCUGCAGAGGUCCCUGGAGAUGCCUCCUCCGGACAGGAACCAGGAAAGGAAUCAAGAGAAGAGUCAGUGCAAGCAAGAGAGCACGAUGGCUCUCCCAGGCUGGGGGAAAAACAACGGGGCCAAAAAGAUCCGUCCUCCUCCUUACCCCACGCAAACCACGGUAUUCUGGGAUACAGCCAUUUGA